AUGGCUAGAUGUUACCGCGACCAGUUCGGCAGAACCCGCUGCUACCGCUCCGCAUGGGAUAACUGGGUGCGAUGGCUCGUCCUCGCAGUCGUGGUGAUUGGCUUCUUCCUCCUCUUCGUGGUCUGCUCCUGCUUAACCGCACGUCGCCGCCGCAAGGCUGGUCGUCAACCUUUCUACGGCACCGGCUGGGCUGCGAGACCAGGCCAGGGCACCAACGCGCAACCCUACUACAAUAACAACUACAACACCCAACAGCCUGCACCGCCGUACUCUGCGACCACCGCGCCCACCUCGAAUCAAGGCUAUUACAACAAUGGCGCCAACCAGGGCUACUAUGGCCAGCAGAAUGGCGUAGAGCUGCAAAGCCCGCAACCCACGUACGGUGGUAACGCGCAGUAUGCUCCGCCUCCGGGGCCGCCUCCGGGCAAGGGUGGUGAUGGGAUCGUGCGAUAA